AUGUUCGAGCAACGACAGCAAACUCGCCAGGAUGAUCUUUUCCAACCGCCAGUGCAGCUAGAUCUUCUCCGUCCCGAGCCCGCCUUACAAUCCCAGGACCCUUACGAUCAUGAUGCUGGCAAUCCGCCCGAGGGAACCCAGACUUUCAGUCCACGGACUGCGGCCAGCUUUCCCAAGGCAAAAUUCUUAGCAUCAUUCUGGGCUUUUGUGGCCACCUACAAUAUUGGUACCCUCUUUGUUGCCGUCGUGUAUCUUGUGAACUUCUCCGGUUGGCUUGUAGCCGCUUUUACAGUUGCCUAUGUCGCCACCCGCCUCGGCAUGGGUGGGACUUUUAUUGUCGGAGUAGCCUGCCAGCUUGUCGCAUAUGCCUUGAAUUUCUGGAAGCCUCCUUUCCCAUUAUUCGCGUGCUCCUUCUUCUUCUCCGGCUUGGGCGUCGCGUUCCAGGGCGCUCAGGUGAACACUUUCGUCGCCGGCCUUGACAACGCGCAUAGAUGGCUCGGACUUGUCCACGCGGCUUUCGGGUUGGGUGCCUUCAUUACGCCACUUGCAGCUACGGCCCUUGCGUCGAGGACUGCCCACUGGCAUUAUUAUUAUCUCGUCCUGUUGGGAUGCUCCUUUGCGAAUCUUACCCUGCAGUUCUGGGCUUUCCGCAAGGAGUUAUUUAAGCCGACCGGUAUUAGUGCAUCGGGAGCCACUCGUCAGCUGAAGAAAGCACUUUCGCAGAGAAGUGUGUGGAUGUUGAGUUUGUUCUUCUUCCUCUACGUCGGGGGCGAGGUUACUGUUGGAGGGUGGGUUGUAUCCUUCCUUAUAUCUGUUCGGAACGGUGUCCCCAGCAAAGUUGGCUACGUUGCCUCGGGGUUUUGGGGCGGUCUCGCUCUCGGGCGAAUUGUCCUCGCCGAUAUCACCAGCAAACUGGGCGAGCGCAACAUGAUCUUCGUCUACAUCCUCAUCGGCCUGAUAAUGCAGCUCAUGUUUUGGUUCAUCCCCGACGUGGUGGCCAAUGCUAUAGUCGUUAGUUUGCUUGGCUUCAUCAUCGGGCCGUUCUUCCCGGCUGGUGUGUCGGUCAUCACGAAGCUGUUGCCAAAGGACUUGCAUAUAGCGUCCAUCGGCUUUAGCUCCAGCUUCGGGCAAGCUGGCAGUGCUGCGUUUCCAUUUCUCACGGGAGCGAUUGCCUCCAAGGCUGGCGUUGUGGUCUUACAACCCAUGAUGGUAGGGCUUCUGAUUGGUAUGUUCAUCUUCUGGGCUCUCAUCCCUGGUGUAUGGAGGCCGGCAGAGUAA